UUCUGGAUUUGUGGUUCUAUGGUUUUCUUUUUCUUUGUUAUUUUGUUUUUUUGAGAAGACUUUUUCUUUGUUAUUGAAUGAAUGGAUGGAAGUCUUUUUUCCCAUCUUUGCCAAAACUAUGCGUUUCAUAGACAUGGGUUUCUUUUCUCUCAUUGUGAUCGUUAUCAAUUGCACACUUAAAAACAAUCUUCUCUAAAUUACUUCAUGAUCUUCAAAUUAUCAUUUGGUCAAAUCCUUGCUAAUAUAAACAGUGUGCAAAACUAUCUUAAAUAAUAUUUUUAUAAUGACAGUAUCAUGCAUGGGUCCAUUAUAAUUUCUAUGGCAAGUUUGAAGCUGAUGUCGAUGUAUUGAUUAAUUUAAAAGUGUGUACUUUCUGCAAAUGUUUGGGACAAUAGGUAGUAAGGUUCACUUAUAAAGGUAUAUAGAAUAGUGUUUUUCGAUGGAGUGGUUGCAUAUCUGGUGAACAAGCUUUUGAUGCAUUUUAAUUUUAGCCUAGUGUAACACCAGAUGCAUCGCAUUUUGAUGUAAAUAUUCGUUGUAAAGACUAAAGGCCAUAGAAGAAAUAAUAUUAUGGUUACAUGGAGCCAAAAAUAGACGCCUAAUUAAUAACUGCCCUUGGAGUAGCUGAACCUGACAACACUGUCUAAGAGAGGAAUAGUAGAAUAGGAUCAUUAAACCAUCCACAGCCUGCAUCAAAAGCAUUCCCUAACCCAGUCAAGCUGUCUGCAACCUUGUGUUGUUCUCAGUAAACAUGGGAGACAGGAACAUUACAAUCCUUCCUUCUUCAUAAUAAUCUGACAACUUAAAACGUGUGAAUAGUUUGGAGAAUUAGGUCAACAGCAAUGCCUGAGUCAAGCUACACUUCAGCAUUCCUCCUAUCAGAAUGACAAAAUCCCUAGCGAUUUUUAAGCCCUUCAGGAGAUCACAAUGCCCUUCAAAAUUUGACCAAUUCCAAGGAUAACUAAGAACCCCUUCACCCAAACUCUACAAUCAUUCCUCAGGACUCCACCUUUAGAUAUGAACCAGAAGUAGAAAGUCUACUUACAUCAGUAUCAACUUUGAACCUGUCCUUUGCUGGCACAUUCCACAGUGCUGCAGAAUAAGUCUAGCAGGUUUUGAAUCAGCAACCUAUUGGUUUUAGUGUAAUCACAAAAAAAAAGAAAAAAAAGUGAUGAGGUUGUUAGGCUAUGUGGGAAUAUGAAAGGCAUCAUCAAUGAUGAGUUUGCACCUCCAUGCAAAACAGUGUCAAGGAACACCAUAAUGUAAAAUAUUUAUAGACAUCAAGUUAAGCACCAAACCAUUGAAACUCAUAGAAAGAUGAAUUGAGCUCACAGUUUUGGUGAAGAGCAGCCUAAAAGGUGCAUUGCAUCUUUCAAAAACAGGAUCAGUAGACUCACCACCAGUACACAUAGGACAGCAAUCAGUGGUGGCAUUCCUCUAUGCAUUCUAGAUUCAUUAGCGAGAAGCCUGGUAUCGGACUUUUUAAUUAUGGAGGGAUUAGGUGUUUUCAUAUUGAGCCCCACUGCCAAUCAUAAUAAAUGAUCAGAGAAGCGGGUCUGAUAAGCAUAUAUUGGAGGUCAAACCCAUAUACAGCCCCUUUACACUAAAGGAGCCUCCUGUAUGAAGACCAUUUAUUCUUUGGCUGAUCUCAUCAGGAAGAAGGUUUUUUAUCAAAUGCAGAUCCCAUUAAUUUCCAGAUUUAUGCUUCACAAAUAGUCAAGGAUUUCAAAUUUGCAGGAAUUGACUGAGCUACAGUCCAGUUAUCUUCCGCAAAAGUAAUCUUUACCUCAGCCAAUAUUCCAGUUUAAACCAUAUGGCAAAAGUUCUGCUCCAAGAAUCACUCCCAUGUUUUUGUAGGCAUUAAUUUCAAGUUGAAGUAAGAUGGGAGGUGGAAAAGACAAAAAUAAUGAUACUACUGACAGAGGGCUACUCUCAAGUCUUGCUGGAUUUGCUGCUGGACACAAGCCGCGCCCUGGAUCACAUUCUCAUCAAGGACACGGAUAUCCCCCACAAGGAUAUGCACCACCUGGGUACCCUCCUUCUGGCGGGUAUCCUCCCUCUGACGGUUACCCUCCCUCUGGCGGAUACCCUCCUUCAGAUGGCUACCCUCCUCAAAGUGGGUAUCCCCCAUCUGGAAAUCCUCCCCCUAUGGGAUAUCCACCAGCCGGCUAUCCUGCCCCUAGUGGAUAUCCACCAGCCGGCUAUCCUGCCCCUAGCGGAUAUCCACCAGCCGACUAUCCUGCCCCUAGCGGAUAUCCACCAGCUGGUUAUCCAGGUCCAUCAGCUCCACAUAAAUCAGGGCAUGGAUCUGGUAUGGGAAUGGGAGCUAUGCUAGCCGGUGGUGCUGCUGCGGCCGCUGCAGGUUAUGGGGUUCACCAUCUUGUGCAUGGUAGUAGUCAUGGAAGAGGUUCCCAUGGCUUUGGUUUUGGGGGUCACCAUGGCUUUGGUCAUGGGAAAUUUGGAAAGCAUCAUGGGGGGAAGUUCAAGCAUGGGAAAUUUGGAAAGCACCAUGGGGGAAAGUUCAAGAAAUGGAAGUGAUUUGCAUUGAGAUCCAAUGUUACUUCCAUUGAUUCCCUUACACUAUAAUUGGCGUUUCUAUCGUCAGUUCCAUCAGGAUUCUGUGAUUUUUUUUUCAUGUCUUUUCAAAACCUACAUGAUAAAUAUUUCAUUUCUAGUUCUUAAUGUUCCUACGAUGUAAAUAUGUUCUGUUCUUUAACCAAUAUGAAAGUUGUUUCUUUAA